AUGAAGACUACCUUGUUGGGAAUCGUUGUGGCGUUGUUGUCCGCAUCCGGGGUCAGUGCCUCGGGAGCGGUAGAGCUCACCAAAGAAAACUUUGAUGAAAAGACUAGCGGAAAGAACGCUUUCGUCAAGUUCCUUGCGCCUUGGCCCGAUUGGGACAAGUUGGGAGAGGAGUACGCAGCCUCCUCUUCCGUCGUGAUUGGCGACGCAGAUUGUACAGAGAGCGGAGAAGCAUUGUGUACACAAUUCGAAGUCCGUGGUUAUCCCACCAUCAAAUACUUUGUUGAUGGGGAUAAAAAGGGAGAAGAUUAUUCAGGAGGCAGAGACUAUGACUCCUUGAAAAAGUUCGUGGAGGAUAAGUUGGAGGUCAAGUGUGAUGUUAAGGAUCCCACUGAAUGCUCCGAUAAGGAAAAGAAAUACAUUACCAAGAUGGAGGCAAAAUCCUCCGCCGAUCGCGUGGCGCAGAUUGCACGUCUUGAAAAGAUGGCUGGAGACAAGAUGAAGGGCGACUUGAAGCAAUGGCUUCAUCAAAGACUACACAUCUUGCGGGCACUUGAAGCUUAG